AUGCUUCCCAGUGCAACCAGAGUCCGCGAUAAAUACACAUCCCGCGCUUGCAACGAGUGUCAGCGCAGAAAGAGGAAAUGCAGUGGCGAAAAUGUCUGUCGAAAUUGUCGACACUGGGGCACCGAUUGUGUAUUCUCGCAACCACGAGGAUUGAGACAUUCGAGGGCAGCAAACGAACCGCCGCCGAGAAGCCUGUCUACAGCAUGGGACACCGCGCCUAGUAACGGAAGCAGUUCCCGGCCAAGCGCAAGCAACGAGGUCACAGGGACUGAAACCCAUGAGAACGUGGCCCUACGCACACAAGAGACCGAAGACACUUCCGGGAAUCCUCAGACCUCGCCAGGAAGAGUGACAACUCAGCCCCAUGAUAACCAACAAACACUGCUACAACAGUCGCCAGCCGGAACCACCUCCGGCAACAACCAUGGUCAAACUCCCUUCAGUACCAUAGAGAGCGAGCAGUCGUCUCACCAAGAAAGCGUCUUUGAGCGCAACACCAAUUUCACAUCUGGUAACGCCUUGUUCCAACAGAUUGACCUCCUCAACAAGGUGGUGUCUCGCAGUCAAGGCACCGAGACUACAGUCGCCAAUGGAUUUGUCGGAGGCUCAACAACCCAGCCGAAUGCUACGAUGAUCGACACCUAUCGCGACAUAGAUCAGAUCGUGGAACAGACGCGAUCUGAGGAUCCCAUCAAGAUACACGAGUCGCUAGACAUGUUCUUUACUAACAUACAACCAUACUACCCGUGCAUGAACGAGGGUCAUCUACGGGCACAAUUUUCUGCCUUUGUCGCUAAUGACUCGAACUGCCUCACGAAGAGCUGCACUGUGCAGCUUGCCGCCCUCCUCAGCUUCAUCAUGGCAGCAGUGAACGUCCUGUGCGACACGUCUGCGCAUUGUGAGCAUCUACCCGGCUGGAAGGAGUUUUGUCGUGGGGAGAAGCUCCUCAAUCACGCUACGUGGCUAGAAAAAGCCAAUAUUCUGACUAUUCAGACUCUGAUUAUCAAGACAUUGUACCUGAUGUAUGUAGGUCUCGUUAACUCGGCCUAUGAUACGAUGGGAACAACCGUUCGACUAUGCUUCCAGUUUGGCCUGCAUAAUGAAGCGUCGUGGGGCGAUAACUGCAAAUUCUACGAUCGGACCUACCGGCAACGGGUUCUCUGGUCAGUUUUCUGCCUCAACCAUAACGUCGCUCAAACACGUGGUGUUCCGGAGUUUCUCCGGGAGUCAGAUUUUAAUGUUGGUCUACCUAAGUGCGUCGAUGAUCGUAUGUUAUACCCGAACUGCCCUGCCCUCCUGGAAAUGCCUUCAACCUCUCCUGUUACUAGCCUCCUAGAGAUCAUCAAGUUGACCAAGCUCUCUUCUGAGAUUUGGGAAACAAUGUUUAGCGUUCGAGCUAGGAGGCCAGUCAGUCAGGAGUUCAUUACCACAAUGGAUAACAAGAUAGUCAAGCUAUCGCAAGACAUGCCAAUCUCCCUACGCUGGCCUCCUAGCCCUGGAACUAAGCAGGUCGUUGACGGAGCUCCCGCCUUUAUCCAACAGCAAGGCUUCGUGCUACAUCUCCGCCUGCUAUAUCUCCGGAUGCUGUUGCGGCGAGAGGAAAUGAUCAGCCUCACGUAUGGAAUCGACGUCGCAAAAUCCUGCAUCGACAUAGCCAGGGAGGUCGUUUCAGUAGUAGAGACCUUCUACACAUCGCAGAGGACAAACCGAUGCGCACGCCACGCGUAUCUGCAACACCUGGUCGGAGCCCUUGUCCCCAUGACCUGCAUCAUUGUGAGGCAGAACAACGGGGAGGAGUUGACUCGCCCGGCCAUCACUCUGUUUCAAAAGGCCCUGAAGCUGAUGGAGACCUUUGCGCAAGGAUCUUUCCUGGCUCGGCACGUUCUCCAACAUAUGCAGCGACCCAUCAAAGCAGCCCGAGAUGCCAUCGAGCUUCGAAGACCUCAAAAUGCCAGAGCUAGUACUUUUCCGCCCACUUCGUCCGGCUCAUCUUCAACUCAGCUGCCAGCUUCAUCUUUUGGACAGGCUCAAAAUUCUGCGCGGAACAGUGCCAAUGUUCAAUCUGAGUGGGAGUUGUCCUUCCCAAAUGGCUAUCACGAUCUCUUCCAAGAUCCAUUGCAAAUGCCUCCGGAUAUUCCGUUCAUGUUUGACGAUAAUGGUAUUGACAUUUGGGACAACUUCACCUAUGGCGGCAUCAAAUAG